GAACAUUUAACAUAAAAAAUUACGUUUUAAUGUCAGAGACUUUAAAUGAUAUCCACCAUAUACUAUUUGUUGAAUUAUGUUGUUGAUCGUUUAAUACAAAUGCCCAGCAGGUAAAACCAGCCUUCUUCCCAUUUUCAAGAUGGACUCCCUUGCCCCGCACACUGAGGUUCGUGUGGCCGUGGCCCAGUGUUUCCGGACCCUCUCUACAUCCACAGAACCCGAAGACAUUAUCAGCUCUCUUCAAACCCUCCACUCUUUCCUGGAUGAAGGGCCAGAGAGCAGAAGCACCCCGGAUCAGAGAGCAGAGUUCAGCAGAGCUCACUUCACCCGCACCAUUCAGUUCCUGCUCAGCAACAUCCAGACUGACUGGCUGCUCGGCCUCUCAGCCGCCCAGCGCACUGACCUGUGGGACGGCCUGUUCCUCAGAGGCCCCCCCGAGCAGGCCCUGCUGGUGCUGAUGGAGGGAAUAUCAGAGCUGAAAGCCAGCACUAGCCUGGACCUGUUGAUCAGCAUCACCGAGCGCUUCCUUCUGAGCGGCCGCCUCGCCGCGCUGCUCUGGUCUUCCUGUCUGCAGACGGCCCCCUCCGACUCCCCCCAGCUCAGGGAGACUCUGCUGGCUCGGAUCGUGGCGCUGCCGGACCUCACCGCCAACCGGUUACAUCUGAAGAACAAGCCCUGUUUCUGUCCUCAGCAGUACUUCACCCUGCUGGCCUCAGAGAUGCUCACUGCACUGGAGAGGACCUGCCAAGCACUGAAAGAUGGCACAGACUGCUCCUUGAUCUUCGUGGCUCAGACACUUGGAAAAGUGUGUGUCCAGGGCCACAGUGGUCCUGUGUUUGCGGUGAUGGCCCCCCGGCUGUCUGUGUGCACGCGCUCCGACAUGGUGUGGCAGAGGGUCUGCUGGAAGCUGCUGCAGAACGUUCCUCAGCGAUGGAUGGAGAGCGUGCUCACCGGGCUGGUGCAGGCCGUCAGAGGGCCUGAAGCCUUUGGCAGGAUUAUUGGGAAUCUAGUGUUAACCAAUAAAAAGGCCCAGUAUGUGGUCACUCACAAACUCCUGUUACUGCAGUACAAGUAUGAGACUCAGGUUUUGAGAACUGUCCUGGGUUACCUCGCAGCCGACAGGGAGCGGAGGCCACUGCUCCUCCAGGUGCUGCGGGCUCUGUCCCAGGCCUGGGCUAACCCCAGUGCAGUGAAGCACACACCUCUGGAGCAGCAGCUGUAUGUCAGUAAGGCCUUACUGCUGAGUGUGAAUCUGCUGAGAGACGCCGAGCUGCAGGAGCUACGCUCAGAGUUGCUGCAGUGCAUGCUGGGAGGCAUGCAGAGCCACCUGGACAGCAGCGUGGUGCGGAUCAGACACAUGGGCAUGGUGGUGGGGGAGUGCCUGAGCGCCCGCAUGGACCUCAACAACACCAAGCUGAAGUUUGAGUACGAUCAGGACGAGGAAACUCUGGAGCUGCUUUCUCUGAUGACUCCCAUCUCUGGAGAGGAGCCAGAGGAGGAGCCUGAGAACGGAGUCACCUCUCCUCAAGAGACCAGUGAAAAAACUACCCAGAAUGCAUCAUCUCAAAAUAAGUCCAAAUCUGACCCCGGCUCCGACCUGGACAGCGACGACGAGUUCUCUCCGUACGAUAUGUCUGCGGAUCAGGAAAUGACUAAAGAAUCGCCGCGCUAUCUACGAGACUGUCUGGAAACUUUAAUUUCCUCUGAGGACUCGGUGCGCGUGGAGCUCAGUUUGAGGGUCGCUGAGGGUUUGGUGAGGAAGAACGUCUUUGCAGCCAGAGAGAUCAGUGUCCAGCUGACUAAAGUGCUUCUUCACACGGAGGAUAAAUACAGCAUACGUGGCUUCCUGAGUCUCAGACAGACGACCAUGGUGGCGCUCACGGUCACCGACUGCAUCCCUGUGACUCAGUAUUUGACCACAGAGUUUUACUCCAUGAACUACGGUCUUCGCCAGCGGCUCGAUAUCUUGGAGGUCCUUGCCCUGGCAGCACAGGAGCUUUCUAAGCCAAUCAGUGAAGAGAGAAGUCCUUCUGUAGGUGUUUCUUCCUGCACUGAUCUGACCCCGUACCCCGGUGACAACCCUGUCCACUGGAGACAGGUGGUAGAGAGGCGGAUUCAAAACAAGACAAAACGUCUCACUAAGGGGGCCACACAACCUCCAGCUAAGGCCACACCUAACCGCUACGCCCCGGUUGCCGGACAUUUCUUCUUUCCUCUUCUCAGCAACUAUGACAAGCCUCAGGUGACCUUUGACCUGUUGGGCGGCGACCAUCUUGUACUGGGCAGGUUGAUCCACACCCUGGGCCUCUUCAUGCACCUGGCAGUAAAUGCACCGGUAGCUGCACAGAUGGGUCGUGCUUUAUUGGACUUUGUGUGGGCGGUGCGCUACCACGCUGACCAGAUGGUGAGACGAGGCGUCCUCUUCGCUGUUUGCUCCGUGUUUCUGAGCAUGCCCAGUCAGAACCUGCUGGUGGACCUGAACGAGCAGCUGUUUGAGACCAGAACCUGGCUUGCAGAUGUGGCUGAGGGAGACCCUGAUGAAGACUGCAGAAAUCUGGCCAUACAGAGUUUGGUCCUGCUGGAUAAGAGCCUGAAGAAACAGCUACAAGAUCAACAAGCACUGGGCAUGGAGACAUGAUCGCAGCACUAACAAUGAACAAUGAAACACUGAAUGUGUCUCUGAUGCUUGGGGGGGGGCUUCACUGUACCUCCGUCUCAUCUUCACCCGGAGGACUGAGGUCAAUGGAAGUGAUGCUCCGGAUAUUUGCAGACACUGUCCUGGAACACACAGGCAAAGGCAACACACAGAGAGAGGGCAGACCUUUUCCAAAGUAAAUUUUUUGUUCAUAACUAAAUCAUGUACACACUACAUUGUUUAGAUGAACAUAGUGUAUCAUUUAUGAACCAGAUAAAAUAUUGAUUGAAUGGAGAAUAGGAUGCCAUUUGUGUCCACCAAUACAAGUUAUGAGGAUAUCCUUCUCCACCUCUUUCCUGUACUGGCAUGUCCCUGUACUCUGGUUGUUUGUUUGCAAAGGACAUCCUGUGAAUAUACAAAAAUAAUGGAAAUACUACUACUUCACCCUGUGACAAAUGUGUGUAUGUUCCCAAACAAUGACUUUUUUUUUUAAAUAAACCGUUGUUUAUA